GGAAAGCUGCCACUUCUGGCUGCCCCGCUUCUUCUUUAAAGGGUGACUUGCCCUGCAACAGAUCGCUGCUCCAGCCUGCUCCCGCCUCGGGCUGUCGGCGCUCCCGCCCGUGCCCUGUAACUUCUACCCCAGGAACGCGUCCCCAGAUGGAGAGCAAAGCCCUGCUCCUAGUGGCUCUGAGCGUGUGGCUUCAGAGUCUGAUCGUCUCCCGCGAAGGGUUGGCCACCGCGGACAGAAUUUCAGGAGGAAGAGAUUUUACAGACAUCGAAAGUAAAUUUGCUCUCAGGACUCCUGAAGACACAGUUGAGGACACUUGCCAUCUCAUUCCUGGAGUGACAGAAUCUGUGGCUAACUGUCAUUUCAACCAUAGCAGCAAAACCUUUGUGGUGAUCCAUGGCUGGACGGUGACAGGAAUGUAUGAAAGUUGGGUCCCCAAACUUGUGGCUGCCCUAUACAAGAGGGAACCAGAUUCCAACGUCAUUGUGGUGGACUGGCUGUCUCGGGCCCAGCAGCAUUAUCCAAUAUCUGCGGGAUACACCAAGCUGGUGGGACAGGAUGUGGCCACGUUUAUCGACUGGAUGGCGGAUGAAUUUAACUAUCCUCCGAACAAUGUCCACCUCCUGGGAUACAGCCUUGGAGCCCACGCUGCUGGCAUUGCAGGAAGUCUGACCAAGAAGAAGGUCAAUAGAAUUACUGGCCUAGAUCCAGCUGGACCUAACUUCGAGUAUGCAGAAGCUCCAAGCCGCCUUUCUCCCGACGACGCAGAUUUCGUAGACGUCUUACACACAUUCACCAGAGGGUCACCUGGCCGAAGUAUUGGCAUCCAGAAACCAGUAGGGCAUGUUGACAUUUACCCCAAUGGAGGCACUUUCCAACCAGGGUGUAACAUUGGGGAAGCCAUCCGUGUGAUUGCAGAGAGAGGCCUUGGAGAUGUGGACCAGCUCGUGAAGUGCUCCCAUGAGCGCUCCAUCCAUCUCUUCAUCGACUCUCUGUUGAAUGAAGAAAAUCCUAGUAAGGCCUACCGGUGCAAUUCAAAGGAAGCCUUUGAGAAAGGGCUCUGCCUGAGUUGCAGAAAGAACCGUUGCAACAACUUGGGCUAUGAGAUCAAUAAGGUCAGAGCCAAAAGAAGCAGCAAAAUGUACCUGAAGACUCGUGCUCAGAUGCCCUACAAAGUCUUCCAUUACCAAGUAAAGAUGCGUUUUUCUGGGACUGAGAGUGAUACCCACACCAACCAGGCCUUUGAGAUCUCUCUAUAUGGCACCGUGGCCGAGAGUGAAAACAUCCCUUUCACCCUGCCUGAAGUCUCCACAAAUAAGACAUACUCCUUUCUAAUUUACACAGAGGUGGAUAUUGGAGAGUUGCUAAUGUUGAAACUCAAAUGGGUCAGUGAUUCAUACUUCAGCUGGUCCAACUGGUGGAGCAGCCCUGGCUUUGCUAUUGAGAAGAUCAGAGUGAAGGCAGGAGAGACUCAAAAAAAGGUGAUCUUCUGUUCCCGGGAGAAGAAGUCUCACCUGCAGAAAGGAAAGUCCUCUGUGGUGUUUGUGAAAUGCCACGACAAGUCUCUGAAUAGAAAGUCUGGCUGAAACUGAGCAAAUGUACAGAAGAAGGAACAGCACGUGGAGUCUAUGAAGAACAAAACAAAUUUUACAAAAGAUGCCCAGUGCUUUGGGAGAUUAAAAGUGAAUUUUCCCGAGUAUUAAUCCCAGCUCUAGCCUUAUUAGUUAUUUUAGGAGACAGUCUUAAACAUUAAAAAUGUGGCUACUUCAGUUUGAGGAGAGAGUGGCCAAAUGACACAUCUUCCAACAUUAGAAAACAGCAGAUAUGAAAAGCACUGCAUUCUGUCCUUUGGGAAAGAAAGAAGAAUUGUUUGGGCUUGUGGUAAAAUAAUCAGCGGUCUUUGUGUAGUAAGUUUAGCCGUAGCCUAAAAUUGAUGAGAACCUCAUACUUUAAUUGGAAUUCUGCAUUUUUCAGACUGAUACCUUCUCAAAAUUGUCUUCAAGUCUAAAUAUAGAAGGUGAUUUUUUUAUAGCCUGAGUUGGACCCAUGUACUUAAUUGUCAAAAUACUUUCUUGGAAUGAAUCUUCUCUUGCCAUUGGGAUGUAGCCUAGGAGUUAACCAGGAACUAGUAACUUGGAGAGAGGAAGGGAAAACAGAGUUGAUAAAGCACUGAAGCUUUAAACACUCUUGCAGUUGGUUGCAUCAUAACUAAGUUACAAAUUAAAGGAGAUAUAAAAGUUAGAUCAAUUAAAUCUUAAGAGGCUUUGCAGUUUAUUGGUCAGUCUUUUCCCUUCAUUUUUUUUUUGCUUUGUCUCAAAUUGUAUUUUAACGAUGUUCUUUGGGUAGGCAUUUAAAAUGAGCCUGUUAUCAUCAUCUGACACAUAAUUUUAACUAUAGAGAAAGAAAUUGGUAGCAUAAUUUUAUUAUCAGAUUGUCAAAAUUACAUUCGUUGAUUUGAAAUCCUUUAAUAUAUGAUGGUUACUGUUCAAUUUUAGGCUUACUUCAGCCAUACUUCAGUCAGUUUUUGAGCAUGUUUUUCUUCUCUAAUUUUGAUAAGAUAACGUGUUCAAGGUCAAAUUUUGCAUCAUGCAAACUCCUACAAAUUUUGGGCAAGGAUUGUUUUUACAAUAGGAAAGUUGGGAGCUCCAUCGUGGCCCAGGGGUUAACGAACCCGACUAGCAUCCAUGAGGAUGUGGGUUUGAUCCCUGGCCCUGCUCAGUGGGUUACGGAUCCAGCGUUGCCAUGAGCUGUGGUCUAGGUCCCACAUGCAGCUCAGAUCCCGAGUUGCUGUGGCUGUGGUGUAGGCCAGUGGCUACAGCUCUGAUUGGACCCCUAGCCUGGGAACUUCCAUAUGCCGUGGGUGCAGCCCUAAAAAGACAAAAGAAAGAAAGAAAAGUUACUGGGAUACAUUCAUAAACAGUGCUUAAAACCAUUGUGGGCAAUUAAAA